CUAUGAUAAAAAUUAAGUAUAUAAAUAAUUUUCUUUGGAUUCAAUAUUAAAGUGGUGGUCAUCCGUCGGUUAGCUUAAAGUACAAAAUUUCACUUUCAAAAUGAAAGGUCUUAUUUGGGCGGCGUUGUUAUUCUUCACCUUGAGUGUAGCUCACACGAAACAGGUCGUGGUUUGCUACUACGGAACCUGGGCGACACACAGAGCAGGUCAGGGCAGGUUCACCGUAGACCAUUUAGACCCACACCUCUGCACACACCUCGUAUACGCGUUUGCUGGCAUAAAUACGCAGGGGCAGGUCGUAUCAAUGGAUCCGAAACUAGACUUAGCCGAAAACGAUGGUGCAGACAACUAUGGACUUUUUAAUGAAUUGAAACAAAAGAACCCAGCACUAAAAACCCUUUUGGCUGUUGGAGGUUGGAAUGAAGGAUCAGCUAAAUUCUCUAGGAUGGCAGCUAGUCCGACUCUACGAAGGAACUUCAUCAACAGUGCUAUCUUAAUGAUGAAUAAGCAUGGCUUUAACGGUCUUGAUAUUAGUUGGCUGUAUCCCAAUCAACGACAAUCGCCCAACAAUCAAGCUGACGUAGACAACUUCUCUGUACUCCUAAAGGAAUUGAGAGUAUAUUUUGAUGAACGUGGUCUGUUACUAACUGUUGCUGUAUCUGGAGCUCAAGAAGCGGCAUCAAAAUCGUAUGAUGUGGCAUCAUUGGUGCAAUACGUACACUUAGUAAAUUUGAUGGCACAUGACUUGCACGGUCCUUGGGAUCCGUUCACUGGUCACAAUGCCGCUCUUCGUAAAGGAGACGACGUAGCAGAAAGUGUUCCAAGAGAAAUUUUGCUCACUGUUGACGUGGCUGUGGAGUACUGGUUAAGUAAAGGCUGUCCUCCGGAAAAACUGGUCCUUGGAGUACCAUUCUUUGGUCAUACAUACAGAUUGAGAUACGCCAGGAUCAACGGUGUAAAUGCUCCUGCCACUGGACCUGGUAUCUCGGGUCCUUUCACGCACCUCACAGGUGCUAUUGCAUAUUUUGAGAUAUGCAACAUUAUUCGAACGCAACACUGGACUGUCAAAAGGGAUACAUUGGCAGCAGUGCCUUAUGCUUUUAGCGCCGAGAACUGGGUGUCUUACGACGAUACCGCUUCCAUAAGAGCAAAAGUGGAAUUUGCCCGAAGUCACAGGUUAGCUGGUGUUAUGACUUGGAGUGUAGAGAGUGAUGAUUUUAACAACGUUUGCGGGGAAGGCAAAUUUCCCCUUCUGAAUAUGAUUAAUGAUGUUCUAAAUGAAGAAUCUGAAAUUGUUGAUAAUAAUAGAACAACGGAAGCCACAACUGAUAACAAUGCAACAACAGAAUCCACUAUUGAUGACAAUAAUGGAACAACAGAAUCCACUAUUGAUGACAAUAAUGGAACAACAGAAUCCACUAUUGAUGACAAUAAUGGAACAACAGUAUCCACCAGUGAUGAUUCCACAAUAGAAUUUACUAUUGAUAAUAAUGGAACAACAGCAUCCACUAUCAAUGAUAGUAAUUUCACAACAGAGACUAAUAAUGGAAUAACAGGAUCCACUAUUGAUGAUGAUGACUUUACAACAGAGCCAUCUACUAAUUAAAGCUCUUCAAGUACAAAAGCAAGCAACACUAUAACGAUUGAAUCCACAUCAGGCGUAACAUCUUCAACGAAGAUGAAGAGAAGAAUGAGAUCCCCAUAGGGGCAUGUUCUGCAAAGCUGACAGCCGUACUCAAACUUAGGACUCAAAUUCAAAAUCAAUUAUUCAGUUUAGGCUGUUACAAGCACUCAUGAAUGUCUAGAAGCUACGCCAUCGCUUCGUGAAUCUACAGCGUUAGACCUUGAGAAGAACCCACACGAAACUCAGCAAGGGUUAUAUUUUUCUCCCUGUGUUACUAUUGACAGAGUCCUCAAGUUGAAAAAACACUUAUGAGAUUACCUUAUAUUACAUACUGUUUAAGAAUCUGAAAUUAUUUAUGCUUCAUUUGUCACGUGUUGUCUAAUUAUAUUUUAAGUUUAAGUAAUAAACUAUUUUUUUUACAAAUCAUAAUUUUUUUCAUACCUACGCUGGUGGGGUAACUUAUGCCACCUUUGGAGAAAUUUAAAUUAGGGUAAUAAUGACCCUUCAAAGAGGACCGCAGGGACAGUGUUUCAGGUGCGGGAAGGCGGGACAAAGCCGACACUUAUACACUGAUCUCCUACUCAUAGGUAUUCAGUUCAUCUGCUUUAGAACCCCAUUUUAUUUAGAAGGUAGUUAGCAAAAGCAAUAAACUGCGGGAUGCGAAUUCUAAUGUUAUGGAAAAAUAUUUUGAAAGCCUCUCUAAACUAAAUGACAAGAAAAUAAUUAUGUUUACUUUGCCUUACAGCAAGUCACUGAGUAAGGCAGAAAACGACCAUGAUAUAAAGUUUGAUAUAAUUGAUUUCAAUGGUUUUAUAAAAAACUAUAUAUGACUAAAGAUAAAUACUUUCUUUGUAAUUAUUACAAAAAUCAAAUAGUAAAAACGCUAUGUUAUUUUAUUUUAAAACAAGCCAACUCUUUGACUAUAACUUCUGUCUCUAUUGGGCAGUCAAAUUGGACCAUAAGCAAUGGUAAUUUGGAACAUCCCCCAAAUUCUUUAAAUUAAAUUUUGAGUCGAAAGAGACUAGUCAGCAUAUGUUGACACAUUGAGAGAAUACUCUCUCACUGUAUCAGCGCUGGUAUUCUGGCAGGGCCUUUGCGAGGACAGGUUAGGCGUAAAAAAGCAAACAAAAUAAGUAUAUUAUAAAAUAACACUUAAUAGCAAAAACAAAACAAAAAAAAAGACAUAUCGACGUUGUCAUUUUUGUAACAAUUAUAAAAUUACACGCAUCAAACAACUACACACUAACUAUACACACAUACAUGCACGCAUAUCCACAUAUACGGAUAUAUAAGCAUUCUGCGCAUACACACA